UGUUUAUUUAGGAAAACAGACUGUAGCAGAAGAAAAAUAUCAUGACCAAUGGUGUUGGUAAUGACGUCACGAAUAUGCCCACAUCUCCAAAGGAAACAUUUGCCUUUUGUUACAGUAAAUGAAGCGCAGGGAGGCGCGCUCGAGCCCGCUAGGAUCUCAAUCAGGUCCUCUGCUUCUGUGGUUUACGGCGAUCCUACAACUGCUUUCAGGACACGGGAACGAGCACGAAGGCGUCUCUUCAGUUCCACAAGUCAAUCUGGGAUCUUUAACAUCACAAGCGUGUGAAGUUUAGGGAACGCGCACAGAUGGCAGGAGCACAGCCCGGAGUUCACGCGCUCAAGCUCAAACCUGCUUCUGUGCCCGAGAGCCUGAAAACGGGCAACAAAUUUUUGAAAUGGGAUGAUGACAGUACUACAGGAACCCCUGUGACACUGCGUGUCGACCCUCAGGCUUUUUUCUUGUAUUGGACGGAUCAGAACAAGGAGACUGACGUGUUGGAGAUUUCUUCCAUCAAGGACACAAGAAAUGGGAGAUAUGCCAAAACACCAAAGGAAGUCAAGCUACGAGAAAUUUUGGAUGUGGGGAACAUGGAUGGAAAGUUAGAGAACAGAAUGCUGACAGUGGUUUUUGGUACUGACGGGGUUAACAUCACCUUCCUGAACUUUAUGGCCUUUAGUGAAGAAGUAGCAAAGGAGUGGACCGUGGAGCUUUUUAGUUUAGCUUCAAACCUGCUGGCUCAGAACAUGUCCAGAGAAUCCUGUCUGGAGAAAGUGUACACGAGAUUGGUGUUGCAGCUCACACCUGAAGGCGGCAUUCCUGUGAGAAAUAUCUUCCGCAUGUUCUGUGCAGACAGAAAGCGAGUUGAAGGUGCUCUGGAAAUCUGCAGCCUGCCAACCGGAAGAAAUGACUCGCUUUCUCAAGAUCAGUUUACACCUGACAUAUUCCGACGUCUUCUCAACAGUAUAUGUCCACGGAACGACAUUGACACAAUCUUCUCAGAAAUUGGUGCCAAAAGCCGGCCAUAUCUCACCGUUGAGCAGUUGAAAGAUUUCCUCAACAUCAAACAAAGGGACCCUCGACUCAAUGAGAUCCUGUAUCCGCCCCUCAAAGCCGAGCAAGUGCAGGCAUUGGUGGAGAAAUAUGAGCCCGACAGCAUGCUUUCUCAAAGAGGACAGAUCUCUGUUGAGGGAUUCGCCAGAUAUCUGAACGGAGUGGAGAACAGCAUCAUACCCUCAGAGAAACUGGACCAGAGUGAAGACAUGACCCUCCCGCUCUCGCAUUACUUCAUCAACUCCUCGCACAACACCUACCUCACAGCGGGUCAGUUGGCUGGAAACUCAUCGGUGGAGAUGUACCGUCAGGUCCUUUUGUCUGGCUGUCGGUGUAUUGAGCUGGACUGUUGGAAGGGCCGGACGGCCGAUGAAGAACCCAUCAUCACUCAUGGCUUUACCAUGACAUCUGAGAUCUCCUUCAAGGAUGUGGUAGAAGCCAUCGCAGAGAGCGCCUUUAAAACCUCACCGUUUCCCAUCAUUCUGUCUUUUGAGAAUCAUGUGGAUUCUCUCAAACAGCAGGCAAAAAUGGCGGAGUAUUGCAGAUCAAUAUUUGGCGAUGCUCUGCUCACAGAAGUGCUGGAGAAAUAUCCUCUGGAGGCCGGCGUUCCUCUCCCCAGCCCCGCUGACCUGAUGGGUAAAAUCCUUAUCAAGAACAAAAAGAAUUCACAUAAAGGCGAUGGAAGCACAAAGAAGAAACUCUCUGAGCAGACGUCCAACACGUACAGCGACACGUCCAGCACAUACGAGCCCUCGUCCCCCGGCGCAGGGUCAACACAUCAGGAUUCACAUGACAUCAUUCAUGGAGGCGUGAAGCACACCGAGGGAAAUCUUCAGGGAAUUCAGUCCAUGGAUAAAACAUGUGAUGAGAAAGAAGAUCCAGAGGCAGAGAGUGACGAGGAAAGUAAAAAACUCAACGAUGAGGGGAUGGCUGUAAAUGAAGUCUUUGCCACAGAGGAGAUGUCCAACUUAGUCAACUACAUUCAGCCUGUCAAAUUCAACUCCUUUGAGACGUGCAAAAAAAUGAAUCGGAGUUACGAAAUGUCGUCGUUCGUGGAGACCAAAGCCCUGGAGCUGCUCAAGGAAUCGCCCGUGGAGUUUGUCGAGUAUAAUAAAGUUCAGUUGAGCAGAAUUUAUCCCAAAGGAACUCGAGUGGAUUCCUCCAACUACAUGCCUCAGCUCUUCUGGAACGCUGGAUGUCAACUGGUGGCUCUGAAUUUUCAGACGAUGGAUCUGCCUAUGCAGCUGAAUCUUGGAAUAUUCGAGUACAAUGGAAAAUGUGGCUAUCGACUGAAGCCGGAAUUUAUCCGAAGGGCGGACAAACACUUUGAUCCGUUCACACAGAGAACUAUGGAUGGGAUUGUAGCUCACACACUGUCUGUGAAGAUUAUAUCCGGUCAGUUUCUGUCUGAUAAGAGAGUUGGUAUCUAUGCAGAGGUGGAGAUGUAUGGUCUGCCAGCCGACACCAAGCGGAAAGCCUUUAAGACAAAGACAUCACAGGCCAAUGCAGUUAACCCCGUAUGGGAUGAAGAUCCAGUAGUCUUCAAAAGAGUCAUACUUCCAACACUGGCAUCAUUACGAAUAGCUGUGUACGAAGAUAACGGAAAGUUUAUUGGUCAUCGCAUCAUUCCUGUGUGCGCCAUCCGACCUGGUUAUCACUACAUCAGCCUCAAGAAUGAGAGGAAUCAAACUCUUAUAUUGUCUUCUGUCUUCAUCUACACUGAAGUCAAAGAUUAUGUCCCAGACACCUUUGCAGAUGUAAUCGAGGCCCUGUCCAAUCCCAUCCUGUAUGUUGGUCUCAUGGAACAGAGAGCCAAUCAGCUGGCAGCUCUAACACAAGAGGAGGGAGCACACGAGACGGAGGGUGAAGAGGCAUGGGAUACAGGAGAGAGUUUCUCUGAGAAUAAAAGUGAAUGUAGACCAGUGGCUGAAAAUGGACUGAACCACAACAACAUGUCACCCAAAUCCUCAGUGAGCAGUCAGCAAACUUCAACAGCAGGCUCUGUUAAAGCUGUGAAGUCUGAGGAUAUUGUGCAAAGUGUUUUAACAGAGGUGGACACUUUGAGUCUUGAGCAGUUGAAACAGCAGAAGUGUUACAUCAAAGAGCAGAAGAAACUUUAUAAAGAUUCAAAGGAUCUGAUGAAGAAACACAGCAGAAGAACUGCAGAAGUGAUGAAAGAACACGAGAGCAGACAGAAGCAGCUGCACAAUGAGUUCCUACGACGCACGUCAGCACUUCAGAAGAGCACCAGACGGGAUGGGCAGAACAGGUCUCUGGAGCAGAAGUUAUUAACUCUUGGUGAAGAGAAAACUCACCGACUGACAGAACUGAAGGCCACGCAGCAGCAGGAGCUUCUGACGCUCAGACAAGAACAAUAUUACAGCGAGAAAUAUCUAAAACGAGAACACAUCCGACUGCUGGUGGAGAAACUGAUGGCCGUUGCAGACGAGAGUCACAACAACCAGCUGAAGAAAGUGAAAGAUCUGUGUGAGAAAGAAAAUAAAGAGCUGAAGAAAAAGAUGAACGACAGACGACAAGACAUGCUUCAUGAGAAAUCUCUCACCACUGAAGAAAAGGUGGAGAUGAGGAGAUCUCAUGUGAAUGAGGUGGUUCAGUCCAUCAGACGCCUGGAAGAUGCACAAACUAAAAGACAAGAGCAACUUCAAGAGAGACAUAAAGUUAUUCAACAGCAAAUCCUGGAUGAGAAGCCGAAGCAGGACGACUCGCAGGAGUUUGAUGAUUCAGAGCGAGCUGGAGCAGGAAUAUCAGGACAAGUUUCAAAGACUUCCAGUGGAAAUCCAAGAAUUCCUGCAAGAUUCUGCUGCUUGUGAAGGAAAUCUAAGUACUGACAAUGACAGGAAAGAUCUCCCCACAUUCACAAGAGACACAGAGGAGAAAGACUUUAACACAUCAUUCUGAGUUUGCUUGUAGUCACGCUGAAGUUUGUAAAUAAGUUUUGUAUUUCUUAGGAGGGUUCUCUUUUAAGUCUGUUUUCACUGAAACUUGUGUUUGCUUGUACUGUAUGUCUGUAUGUUCAUAUGUUUCUCUCAUCGUCCUUUCAGUUAAACUUUACAGUAGGACAGUAGAUGUUUCUGCAGUAUGAAAAUAGAAUCUAUUGUUUCACAGACAAGGCUUAAGGCUAGUCCCAGACUGAAAUGAAUGCUUGAGAUGUCUAAACUGAAAACAGCAUGUACUGACAUUUCUUGAAAUAUGUCUCUGCCAUUGUUUUGUCUCAAGAUGCUCACCAGUAAUGUUUUUUUUUCAAAGCAUUUUUAUAAAAGCACUUUAAUAUACUAAUCAAACAAAGGCAUAGUCUUGGUUUACGCUUAGUCUUGUCCGUGAAACAGGGCCUAAAUGUCUAGAGACCACAUCAGUCAUCUGUUGGUUAUGGACGCUAUGAAACGCUCUCAAAACAUCUGCAUGUUAAAUUCUGCCUUUACCAACGGUUAUGUUUGUGAGAUCAUCAUUUGUGAAAUAAGUCCCUUUGGUCUAGAGGAAAGUGAGCGCUGCAGCUUUAAAGUUACCGUACAAAUAAAAAUGAUACUAAUUUUCUUA